CUGGCAAGACUGCGGGCACCGAGUCGUCUGGCAAGACUGCGGGCACCGAGUCAACUGGCGGAACAGCGCGGGCAUCGAGUCGUCUGGCGGAACUGCGGGCACCGAGUCGUCUGGCAAGACUGCGGGCACCGAGUCGUCUGGCAAGACUGCGGGCACCGAGUCGUCUGGCAAGACUGCGGGCACCGAGUCGUCUGGCAAGACUGCGGGCACAGAGUCGUCUGGCAAGACUGCGGGCACAGAGAGUCGUCUGGCAAGACUGCGGGCACAGAGUCGUCUGGCAAGACUGCGGGCACAGAGUCGUCUGGCAUUGGAUCGUCUGGCUCGACAGCGGGCAUCGGGUCACCAGGUAUGACAGUGGGCACUGGGUCACCAGGCAUCAGGUCAUCUGGCUCGCCAGCGGGCACCGCGUCAUCUGGCAAGGCAGUGGGCACCGAGUCACCAGGUACGACAGCGGGCUCUGAGUCAAUUGGCACGACAGCGGGCACCGGAUCAGGUACCGGAUUAUCUGGAUCAACAGCGGGCAUCGAGUCAACUGGCCUAAUAGGAUCAUCAGGCUGGAUCAGCUGAGUACAGGCUUCAGGCUGAGUACAGGCAUCAGGCUGAGUACAGGCAU